AUGUUUAAGCUUUUGAGCUUUAGUCUAUUAUUGAGUACAGCAACCGCCUUUUGCCCAUUGAAUUCAGCGUUGAGUGGAUCUCGCCCUAAAUGCUUCGCUUUUUACAAUUACCCGCUCACCUUCGAUCAAGCCGACACUUUCUGCUACAAUCUUGGUGGUCGAUUGGCCUCAAUAACAGACGCUUUCGAAUCAGCAACGAUCUCAAGUCAAGUGAGAGCUGAUAGCCCAACAGUGAACGCCUUUUGGAUAGGCGCUCGCUCGGUGGAUAACAGGACAUACACAUGGGCCGAUGGAACACCGUUCACUUAUCAGCGAUGGGCAAGUGGUGAGCCUCGUUACCCCUGUGGAGUUGUUCAACUUUCUUCUAGCAGCUGGCUUACAGAACAAUGUCCAACAAUGCUUCCAUUUGCUUGUGCCCUUGAUCCAUCCGGUACAAAUCCCCCAUGCGAAUCGGGAUGGUCUUGGAGACAACCGGAAGCUGCUUGUUAUAAGAUUAUACGCAACUUCGACACUUUUGACUCGGCUGAAAACGGCUGUAAAUCGAUUGGCGCUCAUUUAGCCUCAAUUCAUACUUCAUCGGAAAACGAUUGGAUCUACGACCAAGGAACAGCUAAUUACAAAUUGGGAGUGACUGAGCACGACCUUCAGACUUGGAUUGGGUUAAAGAGAGAUUGUCAAAGCUGCCAAUGGUAUUGGACAGACGGCUCGGCUCUCAAUUACACCCAAUGGACAAAGGAUGAACCGGCUGAUGAUUAUUCAAAUCAGAAUUGUGUUGAGAUUUACACCGAUGAUGCAACCGGUCUUGGCUCAAGUAACGUCAGAAAUUGGAACAAUGUCAAGUGUGACAACGCAAAGCGAAACGCCAUCUGUAAAAAACCGCAAAAUCGA